AUGACGUGUGGCUGUGCGGCCCGUUUAAUUGGUAAACUUGCUUCUAGUAACUGUGGUCUCACCUGCCCUGAUGGAAGGUCUUGUGGUGGGGAGAGGAUGUGCCGUUGUUUUAAGACAAGAGGCGAUUUCACCACUGAAAAUUUUCAGAGGUCAGAAGCAAACUGCAGGAUGUCACCGGACACCAAUUACAUAAUCUUCCAUGCAACUAAACGAGUUUUGGAACAGAACAUGCUGGAAUUCAGCAGAUGUUAUGAAAGUCAAACUAUUACAAUAAACCAUACUUGCAUCAAUUGCAAGACAUCUUGGAAAGGACCCAACUGCAAUCAGAAAGAAUUUCGUUUCAACGUUGCUUAUAACAUAAUUAACACAUUAACAAAUGGCAUUUUCUGGGAGAGCCCUGCCAAAUCGAAGUCUAUAUCAAUCAGUUUGCCGUCCGAAUAUGUCAUACUAUAUUUAUCUAUUUACUCGCAUCGAACAAUUGCAAAAUACGCAAGACAGGGUACUGUCAAAUUGUUUUCAAGUGACCCUCUAACUUCCAGUGAAAGCAGAUUGUGUGGCACCGUUGAGUUUGAGAACGAUUUUUAUGGUGAUCCAAAUGACGUACAAUGCGAAAAUUUCGAUCAGACCAGCAAGUACAUCACCAUCACCGCGGUCAGAACACAAGUCCUGAAUAUUGUCGAAGUUGAAGCCUUCCCUCUUGAUUGCAGUGUUAGAAAUGGGAAUUGUGGAUCGUUGAAAUGUACAGAAAAAAUGUUCAUUGAUAAACCUCCAGAAAUCAUAUGUGGUGAUGUUGUUAGAACUACCGAAAUUAAAAUAGAUGAAGUGGAAAAUAACCCAAGUUUAACAGCUACGACAGCUGCGAACCCAGUUCGCCAAAAAUUGAAAUGCAGUGAAAAUAAUGGUGGAUGUGGUGAUGGCCGAUGCGUUGAAACCAAUAUCUAUGAUCAGAAUGGCAAAAAUAUUACAGAUGUAAAAUGUUACCCUCCAGAUAAAGAUAAUGCGGAAAUUGGUGAUGAGGCAGAAACAAAUUUAACCUACCAAGGAUGCUUUUCAAAAGUCCAAACAACGAAAUCUCAAAAAUCAUUAACAGUGAAAUUUUGUUUUGAGUAUUGUAGUGACACUUUAUUCUACUCAAUAAAAUUAUUCUCAAACUCUUUAAAACUAGUAAAAUCGAACCAAUCUGCUAUAAAGUUGGUGAAGAUAAUCUUAGCAACUACCUACCAAGUCUUGUUGAUUAAAAUUUUAAUAUACCAAGAAUUUUUGAGAGGCACGAUGUUGUAA